AAGAUCCAUAAAAAAGUCGUAUUCGAGGGAGAACACGCUCCAAAGCCGGUCAAAAGGGGACGGCCAAGAAAUGGCCUAUCAUAUAAAAUGAUGAGAGAGAGAGAGAGGGGUAAAAAGUGGGAGUCGUGUUGUUUCUGGUUCCUCUCUCUCUAAAAAGCCAAGCCCUUAAAGAAAUCCCUUUUAAUCUUGGGUUUCUAGGGCUUCUUCUCAUGAAACCCUAGCUCCAUCUCAGCUACCACCACCAUUUUUAGGGCUAAAUUUUGCGGAGUGCCACCUUUAAUCGAAGCCAAUUUUACCUGAGUAACAGAAGUUAAGGAUGGAUGAAAGUAACAAGGGUGAGAGUCAUCUCACUUCAGCUGCUGCCUUUGUUGAGGGUGGCAUACAAGAAGCGUGCGAUGAUGCUUGCAGCAUUUGCUUGGAGGCUUUUUGUGAUAGUGAUCCCUCAACGGUUACUAGCUGUAAGCAUGAGUUUCAUCUUCAGUGCAUUCUUGAAUGGUCUCAAAGAAGCUCUCAAUGCCCCAUGUGUUGGCAAGCCAUCAGCCUGAAGGAUCCCUCAAGCCAAGAAUUACUUGAGGCAGUUGAAAGGGAGAGGAACUUCAGAUUUAAUCAGCCGCGUAAUUCCACCAUUUUUCAUCUCGGGGAUUUCGAAUUGCAACAUUUACCAGUGGGUGCAAAUGAUUCGGAACUGGAAGAGCGUAUAAUUCAGCACUUGGCAGCUGCCGCUGCCAUGGGGAGGGCCCAUCACUUUGUAAGAAGGGAAGGGCAGCGUAACAGGCCAUCAUCUCAAGGGCGCCCUCAGUUUUUGGUCUUCUCUACCCAUCCAAAUGCUCCUCCUCAUGGGGGCCCUGUUUCUGCAAUCCCGGUCGAAAGAGGUGGUGAAAAUGAAACUUCCCCAAGUGUUAAUGCUGUUAACGCGACAGUUCCUCUCAAUUCUGUGGUGGAGGAGCCUUCCCAGAGGAUCACAUCACUGCCUCCGGGUCAGAUGGAUCACCCACCUCUGGUACCAGUAACUGGGACAACAGGUGGUGUAACCACUCCUAACAGGCAUGGAGUUAUUGGUAACAGGAAUUCAGGUGGUCAGUCCUCGCCAAUGAGUCAAGAUAGAGCUGGACCUUCCGAACUGCAGUCCUUAUCAGAAACCCUGAAAUCUAAAUUCAAUGCGGCCUCUUCAAGGUACAAAGAAUCAAUUUCAAAGAGUACAAAGGGAUGGAGGGAGAGAUUGUUUUCUCGCAACUCCUCUGUUGCUGAUCUUGGUUCUGAAGUUCGCAGAGAGGUGAGCACUGGUAUAGCCAGUGUCUCACGCAUGAUGGAGCGCCUUAGUGCUGGUGAAAACAAUCAAGGGAGUGGAACUUCUGGUCCCUCUGUUGUUCAUAGUCCUGAGGGUUCCUCAGGAUCUCCUCCAAGUAACCGAAACCUAGAAGAAAACCAUAGUGACACAUUUCCAAGUGGCGGCAGUGCAGCUGCUUCAUGUGCGGCGAAUUCAAGUCCAAAUUAAUUUAUCUCCUAAUUUCUCCAGAACUUUUAUGUACUCUCCUCAUGCAUCAUUCAAGGAUGGGGGACUGCCUUCUUUCGUGCUGAAAGAAAUGUUGUUAUUACAGGUUGGAGUACUGCCUUCUUUCGUGCUGAAAAAGGGUCACUUUGAGUGGAAUAUUAGCGGGAUGUGGUGGGAUCUGAUGGAGCAAGAGCUGGCUUGUGCUUCUUAUGUAUACUGAGAAGUCUCUCUACUCUCUCUCUAUUUCUCGAAUGGUUGCCUUCUGACUUGUAAAAAAUGUGUAAAAAAAAGAGAAAAAAAAAAGAGAUUUUUAACCUUUCAUACAUUAUUAUUAUAUGUUGUUGAGAGACAUUAUAUGACCUGAAAGCGGUUAAAUAAAUCCAUAAGACAUAUCACCACAUUAACAUA